GGGGUGUUUGGGUUUUAGCCCAGCCCUGGCUGACGGUUUAUACGCCGCUGCCACGCACUACUGCUCUGCCGGUAGGGAUGGAUGGAUGGCCGAAGCUGCCCGCCCCAGAUCACUCAAGCAACCCACCCCAAGCGCUGUAGCCUAUCCAACUUCGCUUGUCAACGGCAUGUGUGGUGUUGUAUUGUGCUGUGUUCCGUGUGGGUGGCGCCCGAGUCAACAAGGCAUUUGUUUUGAAUUUAGGGAGAACAGAGAUUUAUUCCGGUUCCUGCCGUUGUGUGUCUCGAGAGAUGGGAAACCAGAGGAUGGCUCUUUGAAAGGUGCUCAGUCCUAAGCAAAGGAAUUACAGAUUGCCUGGCUGAGACCCCGCUCCGGGCUGUUGCAGCGAGGCUUUGCAGUCUGCCGCCAGUUGUGGAUUGGAGGUGGGAAGAGGAGUCUGGGUGGGAGCUGGAUUAACUUUGAUCUUGCGGCUGGCUGGCUGGCUGGUAGGAACUGCUGCGGCGUCGGCGGCUGCUGCUGCCACCGCUCGGAUGUACGAGCUGGGUCUGAGCGCCGCUCAGUGCCGUGUGUCUCCGCGUUUGCCUCUUUAAUCAGGAACACAGAAGGGGCGGGCCCUGAACCGGCGUGUAAUCGGAUAGCUCUGCCUCUGCUCUGACAUCCACAUGCUGCUUUGCCUGAAAAGGCUGCGAGGAGCUGAAGGGGAGGCAAAGAAAGAGAAGAAGGCACCCAGCCCACAAACCUCUGAACAUCUUCGCACACAUAGACACGGAGACACGCACCGACCAAGGAGCAGAACGAAGAGGAGGUGGAGAAGGGUGGACGGAGAGCAGACCCAACUCUUAGCCCCGAUCAUCAUCGUUCAGAUGAAGGCAGCUUCCUCAGCUACAGCAGCGGCGGCAGCAGCAGCAGCAGCAACAGCCGCCGCCGCAGCCUCACACUCAGUAUAAAUCCCUGAGCUGCCUCCAGAAGCCUGCUCUUCCCACACUCCCCCCUGAAACUGGCCAGACAGGAGGAACUGCGCCCAGAUCAGCCACGGACCUCAGAGGACAAUCCCACUCAGGGAAACGAGGCGAGGGAAAGAACUGACUAAUGCCGGCAGAUUGUCUGUCCCUCCGCCGCGUGUCUGUACCGUGUAUGUGUGUAGAUGUGUAAGUCUGUGUAUCAGUGAAUGUGCUUGAAAUUAUACAUUUGCUUGUGGUUUCUGUGAUGCCCAAAGGCAAGCCUCUUUUCUUUUGAUUUCAUUUUUCUUUUUCUACCUGGCUUUCGGGAAAUGCUCGUGAUAUUAUAAGAUGAAGACGAUGACACUUUAAGGAACUGGAGAAAAUACGGGGUUGUUUUGUUGGGUUUUUUUUUUUUUUAAGGAGGAAAGCAGUGCCCUCUUCCCUUCUUUCAGUCUUCUGAUUUCAGAGAACUGCCCUUCCUUCUGUUGAAGUGCGGUGGCUUUACAAACCCAGCCCAGAAGGGUGAAGACGGGACGCCAGGACCCUGGAGGAGGGAAACGAGACAAUUAAGAACACUUGCCGAAGAAAUUCUAAGGAGAAAAAUAGGAGACACCCAAGAGAUACUUUCAGUUACCAGGGAAGGACCUUCACAUCAGCUCUGGAGAAAGCCCCUUGCCCUAAAAUGGAUACAUUUCAUCUUCUCUGGGUGUCGUUAGCUCUUAGCUUUUCAGGACCCGGAGUGACAGGAGAAGCAGGCCUACCUUGUGGAGGUCGUUUGAAUUCCAAAGAUGCCGGCUAUAUCACGUCUCCUGGCUAUCCCCAGGACUAUCCCUCUCACCAGAACUGUGAGUGGAUCGUUUAUGCUCCAGAACCCAAUCAGAAGAUUGUCCUCAACUUCAACCCUCAUUUUGAGAUCGAAAAGCAUGACUGCAAGUAUGACUUCAUUGAGAUUCGGGAUGGGGACAGCGAAUCUGCUGACCUGCUGGGAAAGCAUUGUGGGAACAUCGCCCCUCCCACCAUCAUCUCCUCAGGCUCCGUACUCUACAUCAAGUUCACAUCUGAUUAUGCCCGGCAGGGUGCUGGCUUCUCACUGCGCUAUGAGAUCUUCAAGACAGGCUCCGAAGACUGUUCAAGAAACUUCACCAGUAUGAAUGGGACCAUUGAAUCUCCUGGGUUCCCUGAUAAGUACCCACACAACCUAGACUGUACCUUCACCAUCUUAGCCAAACCCAAGAUGGAGAUCAUCCUUCAGUUUAUGACGUUUGAUCUGGAGCACGAUCCAUUGCAGGUGGGAGAAGGUGACUGCAAGUAUGAUUGGCUGGACAUCUGGGAUGGCAUUCCUCAUGUGGGUCCUCUGAUUGGCAAGUAUUGUGGAACUAAAACUCCCUCAAAGCUCCGAUCUUCAACCGGCAUCCUCUCUCUCACCUUUCACACUGACAUGGCAGUAGCCAAGGAUGGUUUCUCAGCACACUACUACUUAAUUCCCCAAGAAACUCCUGAAAACUUCCAGUGCAAUGUUCCUUUGGGGAUGGAAUCUGGCAGGAUCUCCAACGAGCAGAUCAGUGCUUCUUCCACCUACUCGGAUGGGAGAUGGACUCCCCAGCAGGGACGGCUGCAUAGUGACAACAAUGGCUGGACCCCCAACGUGGACUCCAACAAGGAAUAUCUACAGGUGGACCUGCGUUUUCUGACGAUACUCACAGCCAUUGCGACCCAGGGAGCCAUCUCUCGGGAAACUCAGAAUGGCUACUAUGUCAAAUCCUACAAGCUGGAAGUCAGCACUAAUGGCGAAGACUGGAUGAUGUACCGCCAUGGCAAAAACCACAAGGUAUUUCAAGCCAACAAUGAUGCAACUGAAGUGGUUUUGAAUAAGAUUCAUACUUCAGUACUGACUCGGUUUAUCAGAAUCCGCCCUCAGACCUGGCACACAGGCAUUGCCCUGAGGCUCGAGCUCUUUGGCUGCCGGAUUACAGAUGCUCCCUGCUCCAAUAUGCUGGGAAUGCUCUCUGGCCUCAUCUCAGACUCCCAGAUCACAGCCUCCUCCACUCGUGAAUACCUCUGGAGUCCAGGCGUAGCCCGCCUGGUGAGCAGCCGCUCAGGCUGGUUCCCCCGCAUCCCACAGGCUCAGCCCGGGGAAGAGUGGCUACAGGUAGACCUGGGAGUGCCCAAGACCGUGAAAGGGGUGAUCAUCCAGGGAGCUCGAGGUGGAGACACCAUCACCGCAGUGGAGGCCAGGGCUUUUGUGAGAAAGUUCAAAGUGUCAUACAGUUUGAAUGGAAAGGACUGGGAAUACAUAGAGGAUCCAAGAACUCAACAACCCAAGCUCUUUGAAGGGAACAUGCAUUAUGAUACUCCUGACAUCCGAGUGUUUGAUCCUGUCCCUGCCCAGUAUGUUCGAGUGUAUCCAGAAAGGUGGUCGCCAGCCGGGAUUGGGAUGCGCCUAGAGAUUCUGGGCUGUGAUUGGACAGAUACGAGACCCACUGUAGAGACCCUAAGGCCAACUUUGAAGAAUGAAGAGACAACAACUCAGUAUCCUACAGAUGAGGAAACCACAGACUGCGGUGAAAACUGUAGCGCUGAAGAAGACAAAGAUUUUCAGCCUCCGCCAGGCUUCAACUGCAACUUUGAUUUCAUGGAGGAAAGCUGUGGUUGGAUGUAUGAUCAUGAAAAGUGGCUUACAAGCACAUGGACUGGCAGCUCAAGUCCCGUCGAUAAUGCUCCCCCAGAUGGUAGAACCUAUUUGAGGCUCCAGAGCAACGGAAGGAGGGAGGACCAGCAUGGCCGGCUCAUCAGCCCUGCCCUCUACCUGCCCAGGAGCCCUGUGUGUAUGGAAUUCCAGUACCAAGCCACAGGUGGGAGUGGGAUCGCUCUGCAAGUGGUUCGGAAAGCCAGCCAGGCCAGCAAGCUCCUCUGGGUCAUCCGGGAAGACCAAGGCAGCGAGUGGAGACAAGGAAGGAUCAUCUUGCCAAGCGAUGAAAUGGAGUAUCAGAUUGUCUUCGAGGGAAUUCUGGGCAAAGGACGCUCAGGAGAGAUCGCCAUCGAUGAUAUCCGGAUAGGCACUGAUAUUCCUCUAGAGAACUGCAUGGAACCUAUCACAGCUUUUCCAGGGGGCACCCUCCUACCAGGGACCGAGCCCACAGUGGACACGGUGUCAGUGCAGCCCAUCCCAGCCUACUGGUAUUACGUUAUAGCCGCAGGAGGUGCCGUUCUGGUGCUGAUCUCCAUCGCUUUGGCCCUGGUGCUCCACUACCACCGGUUCCGCUUUGCGGCCAAGAAGACCGAUCACUCCAUCACCUACAAAACCUCCCACUACACCAACGGGGCCCCUCUGACAGUGGAGCCCACCCUAACCAUAAAACUAGAGCAAGACCACAGCUCGCAGUGUUGAGAGUGGAUCAGUACAGAGGACCAGGACAAAAUACAAAACAAAAACUAACGAGAAAGACUUCAAAUGCGUUGCCUCGAUUUUGCACUUUUUCCUCUUUUUUCGCCUAGUCUCUGUGUGAACUUCUAGACAUCUCUUUCUAAUGUUCUGAAACCCCACUCAAUUUUCCACCCUGGGCUCUUGGAUUCCAUCUCAUCCAUUCUCCCUGCGUUGGGGGUUGUGGGGUUUUUCUGUUUGUUUGGCUGUUGUGGCCAAGCAAAAAUAACUAUCAUGCUGCAUCUUGGAUUAUGAGAAAAGCUGUUGUCCCCUCCUUCCCGUGAUGCCCUCACCACCUGAUAUCCUUCCUCCCACCCAGAGACUGACCCCUUAAUAGUUUUUUUAGCCUAUCCCCUUGUACCUCCCCUCAGUGGGCAGCCUGCCAAGAAACUUGAUGGGAAAGCCUAGAGAUGUGUGCGUGUGUGUAUACAUAAAUGUAUGGAUGAAUAUGUGUGAGUAUCUUAUCUAUGUACAAGAGAUGGUGUGUGUGAGAGAAACUGAUUCAAUGUGUGGGUUCAGUGAGGGCCCCCUUUCCAUUCUUCCUUCUUUUACUUCUCCUAGGCGUUCUCUCUGACAAGAAAAUAAUAUACGAGUUUGUUUACUUGGGGGAAGAAAUGGAAGCUUUUUGUUGCCUUAUCCAGCACUGGAUGUGUUUCUGUUGGCUGCCAUUAUCAUCCCUGGGUACCUAACACAAUAGAAAGAGUCCAUUAGAGAAUGGUGCAUGGUCCACCAGCCUUCCUGAACCAAGAGAAAGGUUCCCCCAAAUGGAUUCACAGGCAUGAUCUUCUUGUCAUGGCCCCUUAGAGAAAACAUGAUGAGAUAACACAGCCAUUGGGUGCUAAAGGAACCUUCCCUGCUGCCACCCCUCAAACAAGUCUGUCUCGAGUUGCCUUAUCAAAGAAAAGCUUGUAAUGAAUGUUGAGCUUCUAUUAGUUAAAACCAGCCUUGGAGUAAGUCAUAAAGAACACAUCUGAGAUGGAUUUUGAAAAUGUAGUAGUUAAAUUGGAGUGGAGGAGCAAGAAGAAAAGGUUGGAAUAUUGUACUUUAAGUAUCCUCACUGGGGAAGGGAUUUGAUUGAGUCUUGUGGAAAGGCAGGGGAAUAAAAAGAUGAGAGGCCUCCCCUUCUUUGGUAUUAUAUUGAAAUUUUGGUGGCAUAUCUUAAUCUUUAGAUGAAUUUGUGUUCGUUUUCAUUGAUCAACAGUUUCCUCUGAUUAUAUGGAACCUGGCCUAUUGAUGCCUGCUCAUCUUGUGUGACUCUUAUCCUUGUCCUCCCAAAAGUUCACCAGAGACAGUUCACCGAACAUGCCAGAGGUCUUCUUUCCUUUCUCCCAAUAUCACCAGAAUUCUAAUAGACCACUCUGGCUGUUUUCCUGGCAGCCUCUGAAUUACAAAGCCAACCACCUGACUUAAAAUAUUAUUGGAUAACUAAAAAGUAACCUUUUUUUUUCAAAUUUAUCAAAGUGCUACUCCUUAAAACAUCAAAUGGCACUUGACGAACCUUAUUUCAGUGGCCUACAAAAUCUCAGAUUAGCAAGUGCGAUGACACAAUUCUGUUGUUGCUCAUUAAAGCCAUGUAGAGAAAGACAUAACCGAGAAAUCACCUAAUGAUAAAAUAAUGAAAUGAAAUCUAUAUCCAAAUCAAGAAAUUUUUUCUCUUUUAAUGUCUCUGUUUAUGUUGUUCUGUAGCCCUCAAAUUAUUUCUGGGUGGAGCUACCAGUAGGACAGUUUGUGGUCAUUGUCCUUUCAGUGUGGGGAUAGACAUUCUUCUAAAAGAUGUCUCCUUAGCCUCUAGGUAGCCACCAGUACACAGUUACUAAUGAGUGUUUGGAUGCUUGGGAGAGAGAGAGUUACCAUUUCUUCAAAAUACCCAGCUCUGCCUCUAGACAGAAAAGUGAUCCUAUAGGAUUAAGUGUCUUUCAUUCUUUAGAAAGAAAGAUGCUUCCCUUCUCUUUACUGCAUUCCAGAAAGCAACCCUGGCCUGUCCUCUAAGCAUUCCUCUUCCAAUUUUCUCUACCUAGCAAAGGAAAAGAUAGAAUAGUUGUGCAGAAGGUAUCUUGAGAUCUCAAGAGUUUUUCUCUCCUCUCAAAAAUCCUGAUAGGAAAUAGAGGUGAGCUAGGCAGCUGCAUAAUAUGUGACAUGGAGGAUUCUGUGGUGACCUCCAUGUUAGAAGUAGAUCAGAAGGGGUUUGGCCCCAAUGAUGCUUCUCUUCCUGUCAGUGAACAAUCUGGACAGAUUUUUUUUUUCAUGAAGAUGUUAAAUACUUCUGUAGGUGCCCUAAGAAGAUGAUAAGUUAGGAAACACCACCCAGAAAAAUCCAGCUAGUAUUGUAGCUGGCUGACUUCUCAUAUACCCUUAGAGAUUUUCCCUUCUUUAAAAGAAGAUGACAGCAACUUUGUGAACUUUUUGCAUCUUUAUCAGAUGCUCCAUGUGGGAAAAAUACAUCGUCUUUAUGCACUUGUCAAGGUAGAGUCUAUGGGAUUGCUCUAGUCUUUGUGAAUUCCCAUGAUGUACUUCAACUGGGGAUGUCACUCCUCUCUCUGUCUCUCUGUCUCUGUCUCUGUCUCUGUCUCUGUCUCUCUCUCUCUCUCUCUGUCUCUCUCUCUGUCUCUGUCUCUGUCUCUGUCUCUGUCUCUCUCUCUCUCUCUCUCUCUCUCUCUCUCUCUCUCUCUCUCUCUCUCUCUCUCUCUCUCUGUCUCUCUCUCUCUCUUUCUGUCUCUCUCCCUCUCUCUCAUAUUGCCCUCUUCCUUCUUAGGAUUUUCCCUUCCUUCUUAGUAAUUUUCAGGUACUGUGCGAAAGGGCAGGUUCCUCUACAGAUACUAAAAAUAUGCUACAACCUGCCACAUUCAAGAGUGAAAUUCUGAUUCUUCAUUCAAGUGGGGAUGGGGUGGGGCGGGUUAGGGAAGCUAGCCAUGCUUUGAAGUUGAUAUGGUACAUGAGUACAUGCAUGUUGUAGCCCAGUUGUGUCUGGAUUGAGAGAUAUGAGAGCAACUGAUAGAAUGCCACAGAUCAGGCUUGUGAAGAUUUUCCCACAUGGAGGUCCUUUGUCAGUAUCUCCUGCUCUUGAACAUUAGCAAAAUGGAAACCUUUGUCUCUGAGGUGAAGUUCCCUUCCUUGUCGUUAUAUUAGCAAUUGCUAUCAUAUAGUCUUUGUCCAAGGGCAAAAAAUCAAUAUGGUUGCCCUUGCUAAAACAUGAUGCUGGAAGUGAGGUGAAACCUUGUCUUUGCCAUGCACGCUCCCCAUCCCAGCAUUUUUCUUUAAAGCCAGAAUUGGGCAGGAAAACAACUGGUAACAUGUCAGAGGUUGGUACAGAUACCCUCUCUUUAAAAGAAAACUAACAAACAAAAACAAUAUCUAAAAUUACCAAAGACAAACCAAGAAACGAUCACGUAGAGAUUUUUACUCCCAAUUCUUAUUCUCUAGAACUGUGACAUCCCCUUGCAUUGCCCAGUUGCCUGUGCGUGAAAAUAACUUGUGGACAUUGGAAAUUAUUUGAAGAUGUAUUGUGUGGAAUGUAAUAAAAUGAUGAUAUUUUUGUACAAA